UGAUGACGUGUCUCACCCGUUUCACUCAGUUGCAAAGUCUAUCAAAAUAUACUUAAGAUUUUGCCUGAAAUUGCUUUUAGUAUUUUUACAGUGUAAAAUGAACGUUUUUAAGCAGAUCAAUAUCGAAACCAAAAUAGCAUAAUUUGUUGUUUUACUCAUCACGAUCAUCUCUACGUCUUUCUUUCCGGCUUGUGAUCCGAUCGUGAUACAUAGCUGCAACCAUGGUGGCCCAGAAGAAGCAGAAGAAGGCCCUGGAGUCCAUCAACUCAAGGCUGGCCCUGGUGAUGAAGUCUGGCAAAUACUGCUUUGGCUACAAGCAGACGCUGAAGCAGCUUCGCCUGGGCAAAGCUAAGCUUGUUAUCAUUGCCAGCAACACCCCUGCCCUUAGGAAAUCCGAGAUCGAGUACUACGCCAUGCUGGCCAAGACGGGCGUGCAUCACUACAACGGCAACAACAUCGAGCUGGGCACCGCCUGCGGCAAGUACUUCCGCGUGUGCGGCAUGGCCAUCACGGACCCGGGCGACUCCGACAUCAUCCGCUCCAUGCCCGAGGGACAGUAAAUACACGGACGCAGCGACGCA